UAAUUACGGAGCUUGUUCGUUGAAAGGACGUUACACUGGCUUGGAAAAUAAGCAGUGCGUUGAUAGUUCACAAGCGUCGCAGCGGUGGCAGGGAGUGGGGAACAUAGACACUGGUGGUGACGCCCUAUCGCCGUUGAAGUUUCCGCCUGACGGUUUCCCUCGACUAGCGACAUCAAAGAUACCAGUACUUGUCCGCAGUUCACUAUGGCCGGCGUGAACCCCGUACAGGACAGCGAUUUCGAUGAGCUGCUGAGGUUGGAGGCGAACAAGGAGGCCGCGGAUGGCUGGUCGCAUCAUGCCAGCGGUGAUGGGUUUGAGACGUGGGUGCGCAGAAGAGACAACGAAAAGAUUAACAUGAUGAAAACGUACUACCACAUCAAAGGUGUUACAAAGGAACAGUUAUUGGACCUGAUGGUCGAGCCAGAUCAACGCACUCGCUUUGACAACUCAUUCAAGGAAUAUCGCUUCGUCAAGGACUUCGGGGACCACAAGAUAUUGUACACGCGCUGUCCCAUGAAUGCUCCCUUUGUAUCCGAUCGGGAUUUCGUCGUUGCUCACACACGUCGCACAACUGCCGCGGAGAUCUGCGUGAUCAACAAGCAGAUCGAGACAGAGCUGGUCCCGCUGGUGUCCGGGGCUGUGAGAGCUGACACGCUGUGUUUGAGCAUCACCUUCCGUGAUGCGGAAGGCGACGAAAUUGCAGCUACCAUGUGCUAUAUUCUCCAAUCCGAUUACAAGAUUAGCAUGCCGGCCAGUGUCAUCAACUCUAAGAUCGCCAGCACUCCCCCAGCGUUCCUCAAACGCCUUCAGGACUUUGUAACACAUGCAUACAAGCCAGAACUGGCUGCAGCCAAGUCGUCCUGAGAACGAGGAUUGACGAGCGGCUUCAAUCACCAGAGAAGGACCUGCAAUCAUUCCGCUCGUCGUGUUGCCAAGCUGAACCACUGCUCCAGUAUGUAGAUCUGUAGUCACUAGUGUCUUGUGUGCUUUUCUUCAAUCGUGUGGAGAAGGAGGACGGUCUCUCGUCUCCUCUUUAUUAUUUUCUAAAGAUCACGGCUUCUUCCCUGUCUGAAUUCACGUCCCGUGUAACUGGCUAUUGUACAGUGCUGGCAACUGAAAUCCGAUCACC